ACCGGCGUGGCACUCGCCGGGGGACCGAAACACGCGGACCGCGCUAGCCAGGCAGUGCUAGUGGUCCGCUGGUUGCCCCAGUUUCUUACUCGCAUUCCAUCGCAGCACAAAACGCUUGCACAAACCGUGACGACGGCGAGCGACGACUCAGCAGCGACGACGGAAAAGGGAACGGCCGCUCGCGGUGAGUCAUGAGCACGAGCGGUAAGACGGCGCGGAACGGGAGGGUGCAGUUCACCAAAACAUCCUGUUACCUGUGCAGCGAGUGGCUAAGCGAUGAGGAGGUCGAGGAACACCUGCAACAGUGCAGCCGCUCGCUGGAGACGUGCCCCGAGGGCUGCGGGCUGCUAGUGCUGCGGAAGGAUCUGGCCGCCCACCGGAACCGCUGCACCGAUGGUUUCACCGAGCCGCCCACCAUCGCAGGCACGGGCGGUUUGGGUACCGCCCUGACACCAGCACCAGCACCAGCACCGGUGCCACCGGGGCAAUCGACGCCCUCGCGUAGCUCGCUGGAUGGAGACGGAGUGGAGGCGCUGCUGCACGAGCUGCGCCUCGUACAGCACACGCUCGGCGAGGAGGUCCACUACCGGGCGGAUCUGCUGGAACGCACCGUACGGUUGGGGCAGCGGCUCGAGCUGGCCAACCAGUGGACGAUCAAGGUGAACGACGCCCUGGUUUCGCUCAACAAGCUCGUGAACGGCGAAAUCGAACGGAGGAACGUGGCCAUCCACGGCAUUGAGCAGCGCCAGAAGCUGUUGGAAUCCUGGCAGCGUACCAUCAUGAGCACCACCGAUUGGACCGGACCGUCGACCGCGAAUCGUGGCAAUCGGGCGCUGGGGGCCCGUGCCGAGCAGGAAACGGACACCGUCGCCUCCGCUGGGACGCCAACAGACGGGCCACCAUCGCUAGCUGCCCGCCGCUGGAGUGCGAUCGCAGCGGGGGUGCUGGCACGGGGCACGUUGCUCCGUGGCGCCAACCCGGACGAGCAGCUGGUGGCGCAGCUGGUCGAGGAGCAAUCGAAAACGUCGUGCCGGGUACAGGAAGCACUCCAGCAAACGUUCGACGCGACCGACCGGCUCGACCGGCUCGAGCGCCAGGUGGAGCGGUACCGGCGCGAAACCUACUACACCAAGCAGCGGCUGGAUGACCUGCAGACGCAGCUGCUACACGAGGCGAACCUGCGGACGCUCGGUGCCACCGACGGUCGGAUCGUGUGGCGGAUCGGUGACUUCGAGCAGCGGUUCGCCGACUCCCGCCAGCAGGACAUCAUGAUGAAGGGUCCACUCUUCACCAACCAACCGUUCGGCUACGUGCUGCAGCUCGAGGUAAGCCUGUACGGUAUCGGUACCUGGCGCGGCCGGAACGUGCUGGUUGGGCUGACCGUGCUGAACGGACCGAACGAUCCGCUGCUCGAGUGGCCCUGCCGGCUACCGGGGACGGUCACGCUGCGUGAUCAACCGGAUGGUGGCGCCGCCGCCACAGCCCGUGACUUCAGCAAACCGAUCCUGGCCAAACGGCAGUCGCAGCACUACACGCGCCAACAGUUCGUCUACAUACCGCACGAGACGCUCCGGUCGCAGCACUACAUCCGCGACGAUGCCAUCUUCCUGGAGGUGGUGCUCGAUCGUGCGAUCACCGAGUCACCAUCCGAUGCACCGCCACCGUCACCAUCAACGUCAGCAGCAGCACCAACAGCAGCAUCAAACUGAAACCAACAUUCAACGAAAAUUUACAUCAAUCAGCAUCAUCGUCACUAUCCGUUUUUUGGUUUUUUUUUUUUUAUUUGAAUUUGUUGUUGAU